AUGGAAUCAGAAAAAGAUUUCUUCGAAGAUUUUCCAGUUGAUGAUAUGCGUUUUAUUUGGGAAAAAGUAAGUUGUUUUAAGUAUUGAAUUUUUAAGAAAUCAAUUUUUUUCAGCUUGAAUAUGACGAUGCUCGAAAUCUUGCAGACACUUGCUCAGCACUCAGAGAAUCCUAUUUCCAAAACCGAAUUUAUAUCCAAAAACCACAAAAGUUUGUUAUGCGAAUUGUACAUCGAUUAUAUAAGGGACGUGAUUAUGUGAGUAUAAUGCAAUUUUUGGUGCGAAACGGAACUACACGGCAUGCUGAUUAUCCAGAUAUUCAUUGCAAGAAUAUGAAUCGAAUUUUUGACACAUUGCUAAGUAUGACACGGAAAAAGGAAUUGACACGAAUUUUGUUGGAAACAAACAAUUUAGAACAUACAUUCAGCGCUUUCUAUUUAUGGGCUCCUGGUAUUCCAUGUGAUAUUAUAUCUGGAACAUUGAAACACCGUCUUUUUUUUACAAAUGCGACAAGUUUGGAGCUUCGAGUGAAGAUAUUCACUUUUAAAGUUAAAAAUAUGCUCAGAUGCUCAACACUUGAACGAUUGAAGUUUAGCUUACAUUUUCGGUUUCUUGAACAGCGUUAUAUUAUUCCAAAUGUAAGUUGAUAUCCUUUAUGUUCUCAAAAAACCUCUCUAAUAAUUUUUAUUUCAGAAGGAUCCGGAAAUUUUGAAAAACCUAGAAAUCUCCGUAUAUUUUGAUGACGUCAUCAACAAACCAGGUUUUGUUCCAAAUGAGAAAAAGUGAGUUGAAGCCUAAGAAGCCCAAGAAGCCCAAGAAGCCUUAAAAGCCUUAUUUGAUUUCAGAAUCGAGUUGUGCCAAACAAAAAUGGGAUAUUUAUCGAAAUACUUUUCAUUUUCUCAAUCUGGAUAUUUUGUGAUUAUCAAAACUGACGAUUUUCAAAACGUCCGUCUUUCUUUGGACUGCAAUAUUUCCGAUUCGUUUUUGAUGGAUCUUUGGUGUUGA